AUGGCCUCCCACGGCCAGCAGGAUGGCCAUCUCGACGCCACCUCUGGCCGCGAGGUUGUCUACUGCCACGCCUGCACGCACGAAUGGUAUCGCGACGAGCAUGGCCUCGAGUGCCCAGACUGUGGGAGUGACAUCACAGAAAUCAUCGAGGCCGACAAUGAUCCCCGCGAGAUCGACGACGACUCGUUGAACGCGCCCUCCUCAGGGCGACUUGGCCCGCACCACUUUGCGGACGACUCGGAUCCAGAAGAGGCUGAUAUAGAGGAGCACCUCGGGCCACAUGGCUUUAUCCACCGUCGGAGCGUACGGGCUGGCGAUGGCCACGGCAAUCACCACGACCCCGGCAUCGCCCCAGUUCUGAAUCGCUUCUACGAAAUGCUCGAGACUUUUGGCCAACCUCGGCCUAUGGACGGCCAGGAACCCACUAGUCGCGAGCAUGAGUACCACGGUCACCAUGGUCACCAUGACCACCAUGACCACCACGACCACCACGACCACCACGACUACCACGACCACCACGAUCACCAUGACCACGCGACUCCUCCUGUUCCCAGGAUCCAUCGCGCUACUUUCACAACCGGCCCUUUUGGUGGAGGGACCGCGUCUGUCACAAUUUACUCGGGUCCAGUCAGACACAACAUGGGCCAUGCAAACACUCUGGGCCGUGCCAACAACACCUACCCCCCCGCUGACCCUUUCCAGUCCAUCUUCUCCGAUGUCCUUCGAGACAUAGGCCCACCUCCAGGAAGCCAUGGCAACGCAGGGCCAAACCCUGACGACAUGGGCCCCCAAGUUCAAACCUUUGCUCGCAGUCUGCAUGACAUCUUGAGUCUGUUCAGCCCUGCUAACGCCAUGGCUGGCGACGCGGUGUACUCUCAGGAGGCUCUUGACAGGAUCAUAACGCAGCUCAUGGAGGCCAACCCGCAAUCUAAUGCGGCACCUCCGGCUUCCGAGCAAGCCCUCCAGUCUCUCGAUCGGCGCCCCGUCGAUCGCGAAAUGCUCAAGGGCGAGAGCAAGACCGAGUGUACGAUUUGUAUCGACGAGCUCAAGAUCGGAGACACGGCUGUGUUUCUGCCCUGCAAGCAUUGGUUUCACGAAGACUGCGUCGUUCUGUGGCUAAAGGAGCACAACACAUGUCCAAUCUGCAGAACGCCCAUCGAGAAGCGUGGCGGGAACGAUGCUGGCAGCACCGGCCAGCCUGACAGCGCCGGAUCGCCGAACGCUACGGGCUCAAGACCCUGGCCUGUCCCUCACAACCCUUCAUCGACUGACAGCGCCUCGGGUGCGGGGAACGAAGGCCCGAGACGCUUUCGAGCCACUUUCAGCGGCCACUUCGGUGGAAACUACGGCACUGGCUCCGAGAGGGCAAACGCUGAGCCACCAAGGGCGUCUGAGCCGACAUCUCCUCGGGCAAUCCCCAGCCGGCGGCCUAGUCAGCUCAACGAGGCUCUCCGGGCCGUCUCAACCAUACAACAGGAGCGCGAUCGGGAGCGCGGACGCGGCACGCCGUCUAAUACCGCCUACGACACGUCUCGGUUGCAAAGACGGACCUCUCUGUCGCCGUCUAGUCCUAGACAAACUGCGACGGCUGACUACGGCGCCCGAAUGAGGCAACGCAGCCCGUCGGAGAGUAGCAGACGAGGACAAGCCGACCGCGGGAACGGCCGAUCUGGUGGACAGGGUCCUAUCAGCUGGCUACGCGAUCGCUUCUCGGGCUCGGGCGGCUCCAAUCAGGGUUCGUCGCGGGACGACAGGCGACAGUAG